AUGAAAAAUAAAGAAAACAACAAAGAAUCUAAGAAGGUACGUUGCUUUGUUACACCAGAAUUUGCCAAUUACUGCCAGGCAGUUGUUAAGGCGGUUACUGUCAAAAAUGUUUCUUCAAAAUUCGCUUUAAAACAACAUUAUGAUCAACUCCUUUUGCUGUACUCGAGGUUCGUUUCAGCUGGGCUAUUUUCUGAUUUUAUUAUUUUGGACAUUGUCAUUAAUAUCUUAUGCAAAAGAGGUAGGCUUUAUGAUGGUUUUGUUGUUUUGGGGAGUAUUUUUAGGAGGGGUUUUUACCCAAAUGCUGUGACUUUUAAUUGUCUCAUUAAUGGUAUUUGUAUGGAGGGUAAGAUUAAGAAAGCUGUUGAAUUGCUUAGGAAAAUGGGUUCUUUUGGUUGUACGCCUGACGUAAUUACUUUUGGGACUUUGAUUACUGGGUUGUGUUGAACAGGAAAAAUCACUGAUGCCCUUCAGUUAUUUGAAGAAAUGGUUAACGGGGAUGGUGAAUUUGGUGUCAUUUGUAAGCCUGCUAUUGUUACUUACAAUAGAAUUAUUGAUGGUCUUUGCAAAUAUGGGUUAAUAGACAAGGCAAAAAUUUUUUUUUCAGAAAUGAAGAUUAGGGGCAUUAACCCAGACGUGGUUACUUACAGCUCUCUAAUUUAUGGUUUGUGUAAUACAUCUAAUGUGGAGGAGGCGAAAACUUUGUUUAUAGAAAUGUUGGAUGAAGGUGCACACCCUAAUGUAGUGACAUACAAUGUGGUAAUGGAUAAAAUUUGUAAGAAUGGAAAGAUGGACGAAGCCAAUGGAUUGCUCCAACUGAUGAUUAAUAGAGGUGUUCACCCCAGCACAAUUACUUAUAACACAAUUUUGAAUGGUUAUUGCUUGGAAGGUAGAAUUGACGAUGCAAGAAAGCUAUUUGAUUCUAUGGCAAGUAAGGGGUGUAAGCCUGAUGUUCCUAGCUACAAUAUUUUGAUGGACGGUUUUUGCUUGACAAAUGAAAUUGAUGAUGCUAAAGAGUUGUUUGCUUCGAUGUUUAAGGAGGGAUGCACGCCUAAUGUAGUUAGCUACAAUACUCUGAUCAAUUGGUAUUGCAAGAAUAAAAAAGUUGAUGAAGUUAUGAGUCUUUGUAAGGAAAUGACUUCAAAGGCAGUUAGGCCAACAGUUGUUACUUAUAGCACCUUGCUGACUGGCCUUUUUAUGAUUGGUAAUGUCGGACAUGCAAGGAAACUAUUUGAUGAGAUGCAACGCAAUAAUGUUCAUCCCGAUUUAAUUACGUAUAAUAUUCUCAUUGAUGGAUUUUGCAAAAAUGGUUGUGUUUUGGAGGCUGUUGAACUGUUUCAUACUUUAAAAAAUGGAAACAUUCAACCUAACAUCACAACUUUCAACUGUCUCAUUGAUGGCUUGCGUAAAACAGGGAGACUCAAAAUUGCUUGGGAACUGUUUCACAGAUUGCGAAAUAAAGGCUUUGUUCCAGAUGUUGUGACAUAUAACAUUCUGAUGGAUGGGCUUUGUAAAGAAGGGAACAUAGAAAUGGCAAGUAAUUUGUUAUCAGAUAUGGAGCAAAACGGUUGUGCUCCAAAUGUAGUCAGUUUUUAUACGCUUAUGUGUGGUUUCUUGCAGAAUAAUGAGACUUCAAAAGUGGCUGAAAUUCUUCACAAAAUGCAUGAGAGAAAUCUGAAGCCGGAUGCAGCCAUAGCUUCAAUAAUUGUAGAUCAACUGGUAAAGGAUGAAACUUAUCGCGAGUUCUUAAAGUUGCUUCCGUCAUUCUCUGCCCAAGAGCCAGAGGGACAUUGAUUGUCGAGUAAAUGUAUUUCCAAGGGAGUACAACUUAUGACGAGAACCUUGUCAGAUGUCAAAGUUUCCAUGUAAAGGUGUGUGCCAUCAUCAUAGUGGUAAUUGUAUUUAUAUGAAUCCUUUAAUGAAGAAGUCAAAUACGUGAAGUUAUUUUGGAGAUAAGUCUUACUAAAAACCUGAUGGGGUAAAUUAAGUCGUGUUGUUUUAUUGACUGCAAUCCACAUUUCAAUCCUCUUAAUCAAAAUACCAGUAUGCUAGUCUGUUGAUGUUGGUGGAAGUCUCUUUUAUUUAUUUUUAUAAUAUCAGAAUUCUUGAAGCUUUUAGGAACUUGUUCUGUUGAGUGUAUGUAGUUUUUAUUGUUGGAUUAACUUGUUUCACAGUAGCCGUGAACACCAAAGUAGUGUAUUAACUUCUGAAUAUGUUUAAUUCUGAUAUGAUAUAAGGUUAGGAGUAAUGAAACUCUGUUUCAUCUUCAUCUUUAGCGUAAAUUGUCGUCUUCAUCUUUAGCGAUUUAGCAUGACCAUUGAGUUGCUAUAUUGUUAUGUAGCCAACACAUCUUUGUUUCUGAUAGGUGCCUAUUGAUGUUUUCAAAAGAACCACUGAUGAAGAUGGUGCUAAAGGUUGUAGAUGGUGAAAGAAAUUGUGUUAACUCUUCUGUGAGGGAAAUUAAUGAAAGUGAGCAUAAACUUAAUUGUAUGGGGAAUAGUGUUGGAUUAGCAAUGGUACAGUUUUUUAGACAUAGGCAGGUUAUGAUUCAAUACUCUGUUUUUACUGCUUGUAUUGUGUUAUAUUCUGCUCUGUCAAUGAUUUUGAGUAAGCGAGCUCGUCUGACCAUCCAGUAGUAAUGUGUGUGUGUGUGUGUCUUUUUAUUAUCAUUAUUAUUAUUAUUAUUAUUAUUAUUAUUUUGGGUUUUUUGUGUCAUCUGGGAUUCAUUUUUUAUUCACAGAUUAUGUGGAAAAGGUAGCUGAGGCAUUUAAUAUUAACUUCCAUUGAGAAAAUCUAAGCAAUUUUGGUAAACAUAUUCGGUGGAAGAAUGAAGGGUGAUGUAAUUGCAAGCAGAAUUGUCAAUACUGCUAAACAGGAGAGCAGUGCAUUAAAUUAUUUUGGAUUUUAUAUAAACCAAUUCUUAAAAUUUGUACUUUCCGUCAUUUACUCAUCUUCUAUGAUAGUGCUUACAAUUUUCACCUUUUUAUUCCAAUCGUUUUCAGUGAAUGCUAACCUUGGAAUAAGUGGAAGGAUGGCCUAUUUUCUCAACUAAUGUGAAAAUGGAAAGAACAACAGAAAAUUGUUGGUGAUGGCCAGCGUUGAAUAUUUCAAUUGUCUCCAAGAGUUAUAGCAUUAUUUUUGUUUGGUCUUGUAUAGAAGAUCACCCUAAAAAUACCAGUGCGAGUUCAACUUGAAGGCAGUAAUUUUGACCAGGGACUGUGACUUUUCUAAGCUUCUGUGACUUUUUGAGCCUGUAUGCUCUUUUCUGAGCGUCUGUGCCUUUGUUUGAGCCUGCAUGCUCCUUUUGCUUCUGAGCCUGCGUGUCCUCUUGCUAAGGCGUUUGUACUUGUGUUUUGUUUGUUUUUUGGGCCUUUUGGUUCGGCUAAUCGUGUUACUUUGUAACUGUUUUCUUUUGGAUAUAAAACUUAUUUGCCAAAAAAACAAAUGUUGACCAGGGAAAGAGAUACUUGAGGUAAAUGUGGAAUUUGAUCUGAUAUGAAACCUCUUUUGAAUGAGAAAUUUGAUCUGAUAUAAAACUUCAUGAACUAAAGGUUCUGCAGGAAAAUUGUUUGACACUAAUGACAGCAGAAGAUCUGGAUGUUGCUGCUGAGAAAGCAGUUAAACCAACUGCCAAAUGAGUAAAUAGAUGAUGCAAGCCUGUUGUUUUCAUACUUUUUCAGUAUACUUACGAUUAUUGAGGAAGUCUUUGCCGAUGAUAAAGCAAGAAGGGGAAACACUCUUCUAUUGCCUUCUAAAAUUUUACUGUUUUGUGAAAUGGAUGUUUAAAGCUGUGAGCAAAAACAGUUUUGCCAGGAAAUGGAAUAAAGAAGAGCAAUUGAGAAAAUCAGCACUCUCUUGCUGCAACUUCCCAUCUGAUGCGCUGAAAAAUUAGAACAGCAGUCCUCCAACUGUUUCAAUGGUGUCCAAAAGCCCCUCUUAACUCUUCCUCCUUUAUCUGUUUGUAUUUACUUCUCUUUAUAUUAGUAUAGUUAGAGAACUAGGUAUCUUAUUGUAUUAAUAAAGUUUGCCGAUUAA